UUCACUGGUGGUACCUGCCUUUUCUUCCCACCAUUACCACCCCAUGUGACGGCCCCCUCCCUCCCGGCUAUAUAUAUAUACACACAUGAAAUAUGUUUGUCUAUAUUUCACUAAUCAGAUGAGAUCUUUGUUAAUCAGUGUCUCACUAAGAUUUUGAGACUCCUGUAAAUCCAACCCUCUAGAACAAGGAAAAAGAGAAAAAUAACGUGUCAGAAAGAAAUUGCAAAACUGGCCCUUUAAUUCAUUUCUUGCAAGGAAGAAAUAGAAGUAGAUGCGUGAUAUGGUUUUUGAUCAGGAGGGGAGUUUCCUAGUUCUGCACUGGCUUUAUAUGAAAUUACGGCAGUGAGAUUUGCUGCUCGGAGAAGAUGGAAAAGAGGGCUCUUUUAUGUUUUGCUGUUACUUUUCUUUCUCUCUCCAUUUUCUUGAACUCGAGUUUUGUUCUUUGCGGCCCCAGAGAUCCUUUCAAGUCCAUCUUAGGAGAGGAAAAUAUGGGGUCAUGGAAGGAUGAAAUACUGAGUUCUAGUGGAGAAGCUCCAGGGCCUGCCAUUGAUGUGAGCACACUUGUAUUGGCAGCUAACAGGACAAAGAGGCCUGACAUUCUUUCUGGGUUCCACGAGUACAGAGGUGGAUGGGAUAUUGCCAAUAAGCAUUACUGGGCUUCUGUUGGAUUCACAGGUGCUGCCGCUUUUAUUCUUGCUAUUUUAUGGUUUAUUUCUUUUGGUUUGGCUCUUGCGGUGCAUUAUUGCUGUGGAUGUAAAAUAAACAUCAAUAGCAACGGAUCAAGCUGGUCCCUGAGGAUAUGUCUUUUACUUCUUAUUGUCUUCACCAGCGCUGCAGCGAUUGGAUGCAUUUUGCUUUCUGUAGGACAAGUUGAAUUUCAUGGAGAAACAUUGGAUACUCUUAAUUACGUUGUAAAUCAGUCAGAGUACACUGUGCAGACGCUGAGAAAUGUCACGGAAUAUUUGUCACUGGCAAAAACUGUCAGUGUGGCCCAGAUUUUCCUUCCAUCAGAUGUCGAGGAUGAUAUUGACCGAUUAAACAUCGACUUAAACACUGCAGCAGAUACAUUGGAGGAGACGACUGAUGACAACUCAAGCAAAAUACGUAAAGUCUUCAAUGCAGUGAGAUCAGCACUGAUCACUAUUGCAGCAGUGAUGCUUCUCAUAUCUAUUUUGGGUCUCGUGCUGUCUAUCUCUGGCCAUCAACAUGCGAUACACAUAUUCAUCAUUAGUGGAUGGCUUCUCGUUGCAGUUACUUUCAUCCUCUGUGGAGUUUUUGUAAUUCUGGACAAUGCAAUUUCCGACACCUGCAUGGCCAUGGGCGAGUGGGUGGAAAAUCCUCAUGCGGAAACUGCCUUGAGCAAUAUCCUGCCGUGUGUUGACCAGAGAACAACGAAUCAAACGCUGUUCAAGAGUAAACAAGUGAUCAACGAUAUUGCAAAUAUGGUGAAUGGAUUUGUGGGCUCUGUCGCAAAUUCAAACCCGCCUCCCCAGGCUUCUUCAAGUUAUUAUAACCAAUCAGGUCCGCUGAUACCUGCACUCUGCUAUCCAUAUGAUUCCCAGCUGCAAGAUCGUACAUGUUCAGCCCAAGAACUUUCCAUGGAAAAUGCUUCGCUGGUUUGGCAGAACUAUACUUGCACGGUAUCAGCAAAUGGGCUUUGCAGCAGCGUUGGGAGGUUGACUCCCAACAUGUACACAGAAUUGGUAGCUGCAGUAAAUGUCAGCUACGCACUCGAACACUAUGCCCCACCGCUUCUAAAUCUCCAAAACUGUAAUUUCGUGCGUGAUACGUUCCGGAACAUCACCUCAAGCUAUUGUCCCCCACUAGAGCACUAUCUUCGGCUAGUAAACGCAGGAUUAGCCCUCAUCUCAGUUGGAGUCAUGCUCAGUCUUGCUCUCUGGAUACUGUACGCAAACCGCCCCCAAAGGGAGGAGGUGUUUGCUAAGCUUUCUUCACGACUAAGAGGCAGCUGCAGCGGCAAGAGAAGUGACAACAACAUCACAUCAGCAAGUACAACUCCUGGGCAUGGAGCUUAGACCUAGAUAUAUACUAAAUUCAUGAAAUAUAUUUCUUUUCUUGCUGGCCGAACUUGAAAUGGGGCGAAGCGCCAUUUCAGGUUGUUGCGUGCCGCCGGGCAUUCCGAUGCCUCGUUUUUUCAGCUGUAUGUGCAUAGUAGAUAGCUGCUGCUGUUGCAAAUUUUGUGGAAGAAAGUAGUUAGUAAUUACCAUAUGCAGAAGUAAUACUUGAAUCAAGUUUGCCUAAUUCUUUAAGUGGAUUUCUGCAUUUUAUAUGAAGUGCACUAAAUUGCAUAUGCUAAAUUAUUGUAACAAUCAUCUACCCCUAGAAACUAAAAAAUACAUAGGAUCAAUCGCUAGUCUUGGCCAAUCCAUUUUGGCCAUAUUUACUUUUUUGCACUAGUUAUUCCCCCUUGGGAUUAA